AUGUCUGGAUCCACAAUUACAAAAACGAUUACUGUCUUACCAGGUGACCAUGUUGGUACCGAAAUUUGUAACGAAGCAAUCAAGGUUCUCAAAGCCAUUGAAGAAUCAACGCCUUAUCAAAAAAUCCACUUUGAUUUCAAACACCACUUAAUCGGUGGUGCUGCCAUUGACGCUACUGGAUCACCGCUCCCUGAUGAAUCAUUACAACUGGCCAAGACAUCUGAUGCAGUCUUGUUGGGAGCAGUAGGUGGGCCCAAAUGGGGUACUGGCUCAGUUCGUCCUGAACAAGGAUUAUUAAAGAUCCGUAAAGAAUUGAACCUUUAUGCUAACAUUCGUCCUUGUAAUUUCGCUAGUGAAUCACUUUUGGAAUUGAGUCCAUUACGUCCCGAUAUUGUCCGCGGUACUAAUUUAAUCAUUGUUCGAGAAUUAGUUGGUGGGAUUUACUUUGGUGAGCGUCAAGAACAAGGUGAAAGUGCAGAUGGCGAGACGGCAUGGGAUACUGAGAAGUACACCGUGGCUGAAGUGACGAGAAUCACGCGCAUGGCGGCAUUUAUGGCAUUGCAACACAAUCCUCCAUUGCCUAUUUGGUCAUUGGAUAAAGCUAAUGUAUUGGCAUCAUCAAGAUUAUGGAGAUCAACGGUUGAUAAAGUCAUUUCAACUGAAUUCCCACAAUUAAAAGUCCAACACCAGUUGAUUGAUUCGGCCGCCAUGAUUUUAAUCCAAAACCCCACCAAAUUGAAUGGUAUCAUAAUCACAUCAAACAUGUUUGGUGAUAUCAUUUCCGAUGAAGCUAGUGUCAUUCCGGGAUCUUUGGGUCUUUUACCUAGUGCGUCAUUGGCUUCAUUGCCCGAUACAAACAAGGCCUUUGGUCUUUAUGAACCUUGUCAUGGUUCAGCACCCGAUUUGGCCGAAAAUAAAGUCAACCCCAUCGCCACUAUCUUGUCGGCUAGUUCCAUGUUGAGGUUGAGUUUGGACUGUGUUAAAGAGGCCGAGGCUUUGGAAGAGGCAGUUAAACAGGUAUUGGAUCAAGGUAUUAGAACUGGUGAUUUGAAGGGAAAUAACAGUACUACUGAAGUUGGAGAUGCUGUUGCCGAAGCGGUUCAAAAGAUUUUAAAAUCAAAAGCGUAA